GGCAUAUCGCAAGGCAGGCGUUUCUGGAGUUCGGCAUCUAGCGCCAGAGUGCUCUAUAGCACCUCGCAGCUUCCAUCGCAGGGCGAGCCGAUUUUGCAGCUUCCGGCGGUGUCUGCGUGUGCAGUGUGCGGUGAGGAUGCGUAGGAAGGGGACGGUGACGCUAUGCCUCUUUCCUCUGAUGGCGCUGAUGCUCAUCGACUUUUUCAUCACCCCCGCCCUCUCGUUCUCCCUCCCCGCAAGGACACUCAGCAGAUUACGGGACGCAAACAGGCGGCGGACUCUGCUGCAACGAACUCGGAGAUCACUCAGGCCGCCAGACGCCGACGCCGACGAUGGACGGCCGCUGAUGAGCGAUGUUGACUUUGAAGCGCUCGAGAAUGCGGCAGGCAGUGACGUGAGGCGAGAUGGUGCCAUGACGAGGGGAGAGCGGUUUAGGAUGACGGGACUGAGGGGCGCCGGGCUGGGCCUGCUGCUGGCAAACGCCAUGAGCGGCAGGGAAGAAGCAGGUGAGGGAGGGAGCAAAGCAUUAACUCCCCACAGCUGCACUGCACUGCACCGCAAUCAACGAAUGGUGCGUGUGGUGUGGUGUGGUUGGGUGUCUGCUUGUGUUCAGUUGCGGGCGAUUGGGGUUACGCGACUCAGGGCAACGACUGGCCCGGCAUCUGCAAUCCCGCCAGGAUCACUCUGCGGCAGAGCCCCAUCAUGCUCAACGAGACGAUAGCCAUCAACGGACCCAAACAAAUGAACCUCAAGAUCAACUACAAGAAAUUCGGCGUACCUCUGCUCUGCAACAACAACGGACACACCAUUCAGGUGCGAACCCACAGCACAGCACAGCACAGCCACGGAAGAAGCCUCACCGAGUGCCUCGCCGAGUGUCUGGCGGUCCGUCUGCAGGUGCGUCCCGAGUCGCAGAAGUUUGUGGACGCUGGUCUCGGUCUGGGUGGCGUGAUGGUCAACGGCCGUGACUAUGUCGUGCGACAGUUCCACUUCCACGCCCCGGCAGAGCACACCUACGUAUGGAAGCAGGACGCCGUACCCGAGAGGAGAGGACUCGAGCUCCACAUCGUCCACCAAUCUGCAAGUGAGGGAGGAAAAGAGGGAGGACAUAUGGAUGCCAUCUGAUGCUCUCCUUCACUCAAGCUCACCCACCAUCGUGUGUGUAUGUUAUGUGUGUCUCGUAUGUAUAUCAAUGUCUGUCAGUGGGUGACUUGACCGUGUUGGGGGCGACGUUUGAGCCCUACCCGAAUGGCGCGGACCCCAAGAAGUUCCCUGACGCCCCUGGGACCUUCCUCAAGACGCUGCUGGGGCUCAAGAACUUCCCAUCAAACACAGGUCAGCAACAGUCAACGAACGAAAUGGACCGGCAACAAGCUCCAGAAAAGUAACUGUUUGUGAUGUGAUGUGUGGCUUCAUUCAGGAAUGGAGGUUAAGCUGCAGCCGAAGGAGGCGCGGCGGAUCGCGUUGGACAAGGUCAUACCGAAGAACGCACCCGCCUUCCACUACCUCGGCUCUCUCACCACCCCACCCUGCUCAGAGGUCGUCACAUGGUGAGUGGUGGGUGGAGUAUGUUAAAUAAAUGAGCCGCACAACGAGAAGGAAGCAGCCUGUCUGUCUGUCUGUCUGUCUGUCGUCCGUUCGUUGUGUCGCUUCUUUCGUUGCGCUGUGCGUGGGUGUAGGUACGUGUUGCGGGACCCUCUUUUUGUGCCGCCAUGGCAGAUCAAGACGUGGAUAGAUUUUUUCACACAAGACGGGUCGCUGGGCAACUGGAGGGAAGAGCAAAACACCGAACUCUACAUCCCACCAAGGGUGAGUGAGCUCACGCACCACACCACCACGACACAACAGGACAGACACACCAAGGAAGGAAGGGAAGGAAAGCAUCGUUGUGUGCGCGUAUGGCUGUAUGGUAUGCCGGGUGUCUGUGUUCUGUUUGUUUGCAGGGUCUGCUCAAGACAUCAACGAGGAACAACCAGCAGCUUUAUCGGGUGCAGGUCGAGCCGCUGGUGACUGACAAGGGGCUGCUCAAGCUCGCAUGACACCAUCCCAACACACAUCGCAUCUGGCCCCUUCGCCCCCGUUCCUCUCCCCUCUCCCCUCUCGUGCCUUCAUGCUGCUGCUCUCUUGUGUUGUUGGGUACUUACCUGGAUGGAUGGAUGGAUGGAUAGGUGGAUCGGAUGGGUCCAUGCAACGAUCGGUGGUGCCUUGCGACGCCUCGCAUAAAGGAAGGGAUCAGUCAGUCCAGCAUUGAACGAUGAUUGAAUCCGACUACUGCGAAGCAGUCUGUCUGCAUGCCAGCCAGCCAGCCAGAUCGGUGGCUAGGUGAAUGAGGGGCGUGUGUCCUCAGUACUGACUGAAAGUGUAUGAGGUCAGAGAGAUAGGAGGGGUUCGGGGGCAGGGGCGCGGGCCGAGGAGCGGCGAGAACAGAUGGAGAGCGGACGAGAGAUCUGAGAUGAGAUGAUAUGAGAUGCGAGAAGGGAAGAGAGGAGACGAUGACACGACUGCGCUGCCCAGUUUUGCCUGCCUGCCUGUCUGUCUGUCUAUUUGUCGUGAUGCCUGCCUGGGUCUGUCUGUCUGUGGCCUGGCUGGGGCGGCUGGCAUGCAUCACAGCUCCCAUCCUCUCCGCUCCUAGUUGUGCUUGCGCAUCGGUCGGCAGGCACGUUUGGGGAGUACACAUUGAGUGCGGCCCGCCUGCAAGUCCUCUCUCACUUGCAGGCAUGGCGUGUGCUGGCUGGCUGACAGGCUGAGUGAGUGAGGGGAUUUGAGUAUGAUGGAUGGGACAUCUGUAUGUACAGGGAGGGAGGGAGGGAGGCCUGAUCGAUCGAGUCUUUCGUUGUGCCUGCUGCCUGAGUUUUUGUUGAGCGAGUGGGUGCUGCAGACAAGUGCCCCGCCCUGUGGGUGGACGGAUGGCUGGAUGGAUACGUGUGCGUCCGUGUCUCUUUAUCCAAACGUGACAAGUGCAUUGCGUGACGGGCAAACCCGUAUGCAUCCCCAGCAAGUAUCGCUCUUAAAGGAGCCGGUACCGGCCUCCAGCC